GUCACCGGGGGGCACCGGGAUCACGGGGUGACUCGGAGGGACCGGGAGACACCGGGGAACCCGGACGAGCUGGGAGCCACUGGGAGGUGCUCCCAGAACCAUGAGGACCCUCGUGCUGCUGUGGGUGGCCCUGGCCAGCGUGAGGGGCCAGCUGCCCUGUCCCCAUGGGGGACCCUGCCCCGUGACCUCGGCCCUGCCUGUCCACAGUGCAAUGGGGUGUCAGGACAGCUCAUCCUGCCCCGCCAGCUGCCAGCUGCCAGAGAGUGUCCCCUGCGCCGGGGGCCACCGCUGCUGUCCCCGAGGGUCCCACUGCAGUGCUGAUGGGGAGUCCUGUGUCACAGACCUGGCCCCCCGUGCUGUCCCCUGUCCUGAUGGCCAGUCCGAGUGUCCCGAUGAUGCCACAUGCUGUGUGACAAGCAGCGGCGCCUGGGGGUGCUGCCCCAUGCCCCAGGCCUCGUGCUGUGCUGACAAGGUGCACUGCUGUCCCCAUGCCACCGUCUGUGACCUGACCCACGGGCGCUGUGUGUCCCCCAGCGGUGACACUGACGUCCCCCUGAGCACAGCCUUCCCCUCCUGGAAGCGCCAGCCCCCCGCCCCAGUCGCGCUGCGCCAGGUGCUGUGUCCUGAUGGCCGCUCGGCGUGUCCCGACGGGACGAGCUGCUGCCAGCUGUCCCCAACGCAGUAUGGCUGCUGUCCCCUGCAGAACGCCGUGUGCUGCGGUGAUGGGCAGCACUGCUGUCCCCAGGGCACCACCUGCGACCUGAUCCACUCCACCUGCACCUCCCUGGGGGGCUCUGCACCCCUGGCAGCACUGCCCACAGCUCGUGACGUCAAGUGUGAUGAGGAGACGAGCUGUCCCGAUGGGAACACGUGCUGCCGGCUCAGCUCAGGGGCCUGGGGGUGCUGCCCCCUCGAGCAGGCCGUCUGCUGCCCCGACCACGUGCACUGCUGCCCCCAGGGCUACACCUGCGACCCCGAGGGGGGCAGCUGCCUGCAGGGGGGGGGCACCCGCCGGCCCUGGGUGCGCAAGACCCCGGCGCUGCCCCGGGAGGGACAGGUGACCUCGGGGGAUGUCAAAUGUGAUGAAGAGACGAGCUGUCCUGAUGGGAGCACGUGCUGCAGGCUGAGCCUGGGCACCUGGGGGUGCUGCCCCCUCGAGCAGGCCGUCUGCUGCCCCGACCACGUGCACUGCUGCCCCCAGGGCUACACCUGCGACCCCGAGGGGGGCAGCUGCCUGCAGGGGGGGGGCACCCGCCGGCCCUGGGUGCGCAAGACCCCGGCGCUGCCCCGGGAGGGACAGGUGACCUCGGGGGAUGUCAAAUGUGAUGAAGAGACGAGCUGUCCUGAUGGGAGCACGUGCUGCAGGCUGAGCCUGGGCACCUGGGGGUGCUGCCCCCUCGAGCAGGCCGUUUGCUGCGGUGACCACCAGCACUGCUGUCCCCGAGGCUACACCUGCAACGUGGCCACCGAGAGCUGUGAGAAGCUGCUGGCGCCCACCCCACUAGUGCCAACCCCCUCAGCCCCUCGCCAGGCCCCCUCAGCCCCCCACCGGCCACCCCCCGUCCCACUGCGAGCCCCUGGCACCCACCCAGGUGGCCUCGUGCCCUGCGGUGCCAGCGGCUCCUGCCGCGGGGGCCAGCGGUGCUGCCAGGCCCGGGGAGGCUCCUGGGGGUGCUGCCCCUUUGCCCAGGGCUCCUGCUGCUCCGACGGCCGCCACUGCUGCCCCGCAGGGUCCCGGUGCACCGGGGGGGGCUGGGGCUGCAGCCCCCAGCACCCAUACCUGUUCUGAUCUCACUGGGGACACCACCACCACCCCCAAGUGCCACCACCCCAAUAAACGGUUUC